AUGGGCAACAUCUGCUCCCGGUCUUCCAAUGAGGCAGACCCCUUCAGUCAACCAGGCCGUGUAGUCGGCACCAACUCAGGGACGAGUGCCGCACCCCGCGCCCCACUUCCGGCCAAGACAAACUGGAAGGCUACACCCGGUCGCACUCUGGGUGAGAGCAAUACAGGUGGCAGUACUCCUGGAAUAGAUGAGGCACGUGCAAAUGCUGCAAUUGCCGCACAGAAACGCGCGGAGGGCGCCUCUGCCAAUAAAGGGAAAUUGGGCUCAAAGCUGGCUGCUCAGAAGGCACAGACUCAGGCGCAGACAUUGGAUCAAGUCAGUCGUACAGAGAGGGCUGCGCGAGAUGUGGAUGGGGCCGAGGCUGCAAGGAGAUGGGAAUAG